AUGGCGACUCGACUCGAUCUAUCACAAUCUUCUGUGCACGGAAAAGUUAUGGUUGCGCCGCCGCGGAUUAACUUGCGCCGAACUGCCUCGUACAAUGACCGCAGUGCUGGCACAAUUUCAUCGACCUCUUCUAGGUUAAAUUUCAAUCACCUUCUCUUUUCACCACCCCCAUCCCCUAGCCUCCCAGCUCUUGUACCGAGGCGAAGAAGGUCAAAAUCAGACCUGUUAUUCAAGCAUCGGCCUAGUCGCAUUAUUAGGCGAUUGUUGUACUUGUCCACCCUGCUGGCGGGCUUUUACUUGUGCGUCUUUGCCUUUCGACACCGCAAUGUAAUACAUAUUGCGUUGCCAUAUUUUAGCGAUCCUCAGUAUGAGAUGGUCGGCCAGGAUAGCUUCCCGGACUUUCCGACACCGAUUGUUGUUCAUGACUCGAAGAAGCGGUCGAAGUGGACGGUUUCCAUUCCUCGAAACUACGAAUUCCCGUUGUCGAUAAAGGAGUACUCGACCAUGAAUGCCCUUUGCCGGGAAGUAUCCGCUCGAGCCAGAGAUCUCCACCACAAGAUGCCACUGUCGGAUAAGAUAUUAUUAUCUUACGACCGCCCAGAUGACUAUUUUGUCGAUGUUUCCGAGGCCGAGAAGACGGGUCUCCUCCCUGCCAUCUCCAAGGGGCAGCCACCCCGGCAUUCUGGGCAGUUUUCCGGGCUGAGCUAUGAAUCCAUGUCUGACAAACCGGUUUGCGACAGGUCGCUGACAUAUGUCUUGGAGAGCCCGGAUGCUGGGCUUGGCAAGGCAGUCAUGAAUUUAUGGACACUGUAUGCCCUGGCAAAGGAACAAGGCAGGGCUUUCUUCAUCGACGACUCUCGCUGGGCAUAUGGAACCUACACUAGCAUUUUUCAAGCACCACCAGUUCCUGAUUGCCGCCCACCGCCACGGCACCAGAUGCUACCAUGUCCAGCACAAACCCGACAUUUGGUGGUUUCAAGUGUCACAAUGCAGGAUGUGCUUCCAGCACUCCUUGCCAAGCAUCAACGACAGAGUCACUCCGAUUUGGGAACGCGUGAUCUCUUUGGGCUUGCACAUACGGGGUACAAGGCGCUUUUCAAGCUCUACGAGGAUGACGAGGUCUACGUCGACAAACGGAUUCGAGAUCUCAAAGCCAAGACCAGAUCUAACCAAGGCAUUCCUGUGAAUUCACCGAUCAUCGGGCUUCAUAUUCGGCAUGGGGAUCGUCAUCCCUUUGAGUAUCAGUAUCGAGACACUUACAUACCCGCAGAGGUGUUUGCAAGCUACGGACACAGUCUAGUAGAAGCCCACUACAACAGCACCAGUCUCGAGCGCGAGAAGUAUCAUGCCGUUCGAAUUAUUGCCUCAGAUGACCCCAUGGUACAUGAAGAAUCAGAAUUCGCUGAUGCCCAUCUCGCACAAGAGCAUAUUCGUCUUGCCACAAAGCAGGUCAUUCAAGACUCCAACAAAAACCCGCAGUUCCUCCAUUCCUUUAAGGAGGAGGCAUUUGGAUGGGAGGGCGGCUUCUUUGCAGCAAUGUUUUGGAACUUUGGUGGAAAGCCCACGCACAGCGCUGCCGACGAGGACACUACAAAGGCUCCGUCCGAAGAGAUGCUGGGAUUACGAAGCCUUGUUGGGCGAGCCUACAUGAUGGACCUGGCGGUCUUAUCCGGAGCAAGCGACAAGGUCGUCUGUGCUGUGAGCGCCAUGGGUUGCCGGCUACUGGCAGUGAUGAUGGGAUGGGAGCGAGCAAUGGACCACCGAGGCUGGCGAAACGUGGAUGGCGGGUAUGGAUGGGGCGGACUGAAUUUGGAUUGA